AUGUCCCCAACGUCGUUCGAACAGAAAGAUGCAGGCUCUCCAGUAGGGUCCAGAGAGAAGCCUCUUUCCGCCCUUUUGCCAGCCUUCGAACCCUUCUCGUCCCCAGCCCUUCCACGACCUCUGAAGCGAACUCGUGAUGAAUUCGAUGACCGCGCCAAAUACCCCACCCCAGUACCGACUUCAUCUACACAUAUCCUAACGUCGUCACCUAUCCGCGGCCAGGCUAGUCAACCGGCUGUUGCGAGAACACUUUCGGCCCUUUCCGAGCGUGCACCGUUAGCUGCAGUCCCAUCUAUCGAUCUCAGUGCAGAUGGUCGGCCUACUCGAAUCGGCCGGUCCAGCGCAUCGUGUGAUUAUCAACUGUCUUCAAACCGCUUGGUCUCAAGGGUUCACGUCGUUGCAACUUACAAGCCAGCUACCAGCAGUCUGGAUCGAGAGAAGGUAGAGAUCGAAUGCACAGGAUGGAACGGUAUCAAGGUCCACUGCAAGUCUCAGGUAUUCGAAGUCAAGAAGGGCCAGACCUUCCAGUCGGAUGACAGGGAUCUGGAGAUCAUGCUCGAUGUGCACGACAACCGAAUCAUUAUCCAGUGGCCUGAAAAGCCUCACUUCGGUCCCGUGUCGUCCGAUGAGGAAGAUGUGCCUUCACCAUCGAAGAGGCAGCGGGCUAUGAUGAGGCACUCGACACCCCCAAGUCCUAGUCCCGUUCAGAACCGGAGGAAGCCCAUGUCUCCAGUCUCUCCGUCGCCAGCUCUCCAGAGUCAAUUGCCCUCGUCACCGCCCCUCCUGACUGGCCGCCAUAUCACCGGUACAGUUGAGAUCUAUGAGGACCCCGAAUCUGGAGAGGACUCCGGCCAGAUCCUGGCUCAGAGCGACCCUACCCAGGCCACCCAGAUUUUGUCUCAGAACAUUCCUGCUUCUAAGUCACAAUCUCUGCUCGAAGAGGAUGCGAAGAGCUUCUCAGACGAUAACGAUGAAGAGAAUGAUCCCAUUGUUCAUUCAUUCGGCCCCUUUGGAGCCAAUUUGCAAGCCCGGAUGGCUUCAAUGAAUGCAUCCGACCCCAUCUCUCAUUCUACAGUCACUAGCCCCCGUCGUAUUGUGGAAGCGGCUGCUGCUACUUCCCCAGUCCGACCAAAGGCUGGCGUUGCAACUCUCGAAUUCGAUGUGAAGUCUCAUAUUAUCAACCAACUCGCAUACUCGCGCCUGUCUUCGACUCCCCUGUCCACAAUCUUAGGCAACCUACCUCGAGAUGCAGGUACUCUGACCAAGCGUGAGCUGCGCGAGAUUAUCAGCGAGACGGAGUGUAUUGGUGAAGUUACUCGUGAGGGCAAGGAUGCCGCUGGUAAAGCUUUGGAGAGCGAGUAUUAUUACGUCCCCGAGAAGGAUCAAGACGACUUCCGCAAGGCAGCUGUGGUCAACGAUUUGCGCAAGCCAGGUUUGCGGGCUUGUCGCAAGCAACACAAGGUAUACCUACUCUCCCAACUGCCGAUAGAGUGA